CGGGAUUGUCUCUGUGCAGGAUGGUAGUUACUCGUCAGCGGGGGAAUGAGGGUACACGGUAUUGAAUGAAUGGAAGCAACAGGUCAUCUUUAUGACAUCGUGGUAGAAACUAUUCAACAGACAACAGCACUUAACAAUUCUAAACUGGGUCCUUAACCUUGGAAGAAAGCAAACCAUCUGCAUGAUCUGUUUUAGCCUCGAUCAGUUCAUGCUUGUUCAGGCUUCUUGCAGCUGUUAAUCUGAUAAACUAAAUUUGCCAGCUUCUAAGAGAUGUUUGGGAACUGUGUUGCCAUGAUAGAUGAGUGUGAAGAUGCCACCAUGACACUCAGUCCUGACUUCUGUCCGAGCUAUCGACUGAACAGCAAGAAGUUGCUCUCCAUUAUCCAAGACAGUAACUCUUCCAUGUCAUUCUCUCCUGAGCCUACAGCAUCACCUAUGCAAGACCACUCCCUCAGCUUCUGUGAUGGCCGAACUAAUUCUUUCAGUGAAACUCCGAAACGUUGCCUGGACUUGUCAAAUCUGAGUAGCGGGGGUGAGGCAUCAGCCUCUCCAGACACUGUACUCAGAGGUUGGUGCCUUGAUUCACCUGGUGUAACAGAUGCACAAACUGGAGAAUUGCACGGUGUGGGAAGAACCCGACAACCUCUGCCAGAGAUUCUCUGCAGCAGUCCUAUGUUGGUUACUUCUGGCUCUCAAACCCUGGCCCAAGAUCAUGUUGAUUUCAGAAGUCUGGACCACAACAAGGAAAAUGAAGGAGAUGAGUUUAAGAAGCCGGUUUGCCUAGCUCCCAAGAUAACAUUGCCACCCUCCCAAGGACAAGAAGUCUGUGAAACCUCAACAACAUCUUUGCUUGGCUUUGAGAUGGAGGCAGUCAAUCAUGCAAUGUCAAAAGACUCUGGGUGCCUGGACUAUGCCAUGAGUGAAGACAAUCCUCCUGAUGAGUUUUUGGAGUUGAUUCAGAAUGAUCCAGAGAGGAAUUCGAACAUGAACAAGGCCAUGACCUCCAGCAUGGCUGCUCUUUUCACUGGAGAUCUCGUGAACCAGGGAAUGGACACAAGCACAAUUCCUGUCAGGAGGAGCAAGCCAGGCCUGUUUCGGUCACCUUCUAUGCCAGAGAGGCUGCACAAGCCAUUCCUGAAAAGAUUGGAGAGAUCUCGGGAAAUGGACACACCUGUGAAGAAGAAGCGGCAGAAGAGUUUUGAAUACUCCUCGGAGAACCUGAAGAAGCAGGAGGACCAGUUCAUGGGCCAAGAUGCAAUCAGCUGCAAGAUCAAUGCUUCGAAUGCUUUGGAAGACGACAGGAACCCCAUGGAGCUAAUAGGGAACUUUUCCAAUGUUUAUGUGUUGCCCACUGUAAUGGGUAAGCAUGAAGAUCUGAAAUAUAUCACCCCUGAAACUAUGGCUAUGAUACUACAUGGAGAAUAUGACCACCUUUUAGAAGAAGUCUACAUCGUUGACUGCCGUUAUCCUUACGAGUUUGCGGGAGGACAUAUCAAGGGUGCCCUGAACCUUCACAGAGCGGAUGAUGCUAUUGAUUACUUUCUAAAGAAGCCCAUUAUUCCUAAAUCCAAGGAGAAGCGAUUGAUUCUCAUCUUCCACUGUGAAUUUUCAUCAGAACGAGGACCAAAGAUGUGUCGGUUAGUGCGGGAAGAGGAUCGCAGUAUAAACGACUACCCAAAUCUGUACUAUCCAGAGCUCUACAUUCUGAAAGGAGGGUACAAGGCUUUCUUCUCUCAGUUCAUGAAUUACUGUGACCCUCCCAUGUACUGCCCCAUGGAUCACGUGGACUUCCAGGAGGAGAUGUUAAAGCUGCGAAAGAAGAGCAAGUCCUGGGCUGGAGAGCGACAGAGACGGGACCUCAUCUCAAGACUGAGGAAGGUGUGAAGUGUUCCAUCCAGCUCAUUUUCAGCACCUGUUGGAACUGGCCUAUGGAACCUUCUACCAUGGGGUUUCGAUCCAAAUGCACCACUGCCCAUAAUACAGCAGAGGAUGUUUCCCCAACACCCAGUUCUUAAAAUACUGUUACAUCAAAGCAUGAAGAUUGAUUGCAACCUGAUGCAAGAAUGGAUUUGAAACGUGAAAGUUUUAAUCUUAUAAUUUUUAAAAUCUUAUUGCGGGAAUUGCUUUAUUUAAUAACAUCUUGCUCAUCUGUUUUUAUUUGAGAAAUACUUUGCAUCCUGAGAAUCUACUUGCUCUCUCCACCCAUCCCAAGACCAUGUGAUGAUUUACUGUCGAUCCUUGAUACCGCAGUAGUAUUUGGACGAGUGAAUGGAUUUACCUGGUGGCUGCAACAUCCCAUUGACUUAAAAUGAAGUGGAAUUAUUAAAAUCCUGGUCCCAGCGGCUGCAAGACAUGUGCGUUUCUACUGAAGCAGAGUUGCUUUCAGAAUCCAGAACAAUAACAAACCCCACCUUUUCAAGGUAUAAUAUUAAUUAAAGUAAAAAUAGUAACACAUCAACAUUCUCUAAUUUUGUUUUCUUCUGCUCCCUCUGAAUGUCUGACUUGCUUGAUGUGUACAAGGAACCCCUGUCAUUUAAAAUGACUGUCCUUUUCCACUUUGAGUUUAAGCAUGAGCUAUGUUGAGGAUUGAAUUGCAAAUUGCAUCAUCGGCUUCCCUGGAAAUCCCUCCAUUAUUACCAUAAAAAGUUCUGUGAAAGCUGGAUACGGGCCAACCAUUGGUCUAUAUCCAGCACACAGACAAGACUUCCCCUUCUAAACAACUUUUCCUUCCUGAUAAAUGGGCAAGAUUCAGUUUAAUUCCUCGUCCAAGCACUGCUCGGCCCAGGAUCAUCUCAUCGGGGACAGAACAGGUUUGUAACUUUUAAAGCAAGAGGAGCCAGUUAACUUGGAAAUCCCAUUCUCCCCCCACCCCCUUAAUAUCAUUCGCUGAAUUAGUUUUUGAUGUUGUUCCUGAUUCCAUUCGACCGGCAGUUUCUUUCUACUUCUGUUGAAAAUGCCCAGGAAAGCACUUUGUUAUAAUACAAGCUUCUUCCAAAUAUAUUAAAUAGCAUGAUUUCUCCUUCCGAGAGGGUGCAGGGCUGUUAUGAAGUUUGUUAAAGUGUUGAAGAUGAUGACAGUGGUACACACCUAAGACUGUUAUUUUUGAGCAAAGUGUCAGGGAAGUAGUUGGGUGUGUAACCUCAUGGUGGGUGCUUUCAGUUUGGCUUGGCAAGGUACUGAAUGUUGGUAUGCUGAUGUUCCCCUGUCAUGAUUCUCAUUCCCAAGGAGACUGAACUGGAUGCCUUGAAAUUAAGAUACAGUAAAUGGCAGGAACUCCUGUGGUAGCAGAAAGCUGUCAAGGAGACUGGUCCUAUUUUUUUUUUACUUCCUAGAGGGGAAAAGUAGGAUUUAGUGUGGAUCUGGGGAAGUUGGCCUGCAGUCACAAUCAUGUGACUCUUGGUAGAUGUUCAAGUCAGAGAAGCUAAUAAAAGCAGCAUCAGGAAAUAAUUGUAACCAGGCAAUUUAAUGUAGUGGAUAUGAUGUUAUCCACAUUUCAAUUGUUAGUGAUGCAUGCCUCCACAAACAGAGGUCUGCAGAGAGCUCACUUGUAGUUCCAAAAUGAUUUCGCCUACAGAUGAGAAGGUGUUGGGUGUAGAUUUGUUCUACAAAACACAAUGGAACACCAAACCAGCUGAAGAAAAACUAGAUUUGAAACUUAUUACAUUGUGAGUACAUGAAUGUUGUUUAUAAACAUGACUGGUUCAGCAAUAAGAUGCAUGGUGCAUUGCUCAGGGUGAGAGUUGAACCCAGAAUCAGCAAGCACUGCGGGCCCUUACCAGAAAAAAAUAACAUUAAGCCUAUUUACUCUGGGCUAGUUCCAUAAACAUACAAAAUGUGUACAUUCCUGGAUUGAAGUAUGUUGGUAUUGUCUGUGAGGAGUAAUCCAAACACCAGAUUCUGCUUACCACAAAGCACAGGGGGAGCUCUGCAGGUCAGGCAGCAUCCAUGGAAAGAAAUGAAACACUGACGUGUCAGGCUGCAACCCUUCAUCCGUACCAGUAGAUCUGAGCUUCUGAGUAUGAAUAUUCCUGGUGUCUAAUGCCCAUAGUGAUGGGCCAGCUUCCUUAACACUGAAACUUGUGUUGCGAAGGCACUCCCACAGUUAGUUAUUCACUAGAAACUAACAAUAGCUCAUUCACCAGCACUCAUUUUGAUCCACUCAGUUAGCAAAAGAAGUUUUUCUUUUCCCCGCAGUGAUCUUUAAUAAGUUUGUCACAGUGAAAUGGG